CGUUAACAAUAUAAUCAUAAGCUACUUGAUUUGCAACAGUGGUCGACAUUACGUUGACCAAUAAACAUAAAGCAAUUACUAUGGAGUAAUAAAUACGUUUCCGUGGUCAUGUUAGGGUAACAAUGAUCAAAUUUCAAGUAUGAAUAGUUUUAACAAUGCCCUUAUUCUGGUCAACUUAUACUACAUGCUACUCUAUUGCACUGUAAGAUGUACGUCGAUGUCCGAUCACAAAGCUUGGGAGAUGCUUCCGUCGGGCGACUGUGGCAUAGGGAGGAAACCGGUUCGAAUAACAAAUGGCAAAGAAGCUGAUUUAGGGCAGUUUCCGUGGAUCGCUAGGCUCGGAUACGAGGACGGGCAAGCAAUUAAGUUUAAAUGCGGCGGUACGCUACUGAACAAAUGGUACGUCAUCACAGCUGCCCAUUGCUUGAAGGAAAACGAAGAAAAAUUGAAAGUCAUCCGUCUUGGAGAAAACGUAGAAAACGAAGAAUUAUGCGACAAAGCAGCUUGCUCUCUGCCAGUACAAGACAUACCUGUUGCUUCCAUCAUGAUACAUGCCGAGUAUAACACAAUUACGUCGAAAAAUGAUAUAGGACUAAUUGCACUGAGGAAAUCAGCCAAUUAUACUGACUUCGUUAAGCCCGUUUGCCUACCUCGCGGCGAUCUCACGAAUGAGAACCAUCUAGGCGAAGAAGUGACAGUAGCAGGAUGGGGAGUGAUAGACUCCUCAACCGAAGAAACCUCCCCUGAACUUCUAUUCGUGAAUAUCCCGGUGGUAGAACUGGAUGUGUGUCGGAAGAUAUACAAAUCGAUAGAGCUGGAUGAUACUCAGUGGUGUGUGGGGAAGAAUACGGGAGAAGAUUCUUGCAGCGGAGAUUCGGGAGGGCCUUUGAUGAACUGGAAAGCUAAAGGAGGGAGCAAGCAGUAUUUCCUGCUGGGUAUUGUCUCGUUUGGCCAAUCAUAUUGCGGAGAGAACCCAUCAGUCUACACUAACACCAACCAUUUUAUGCUCUGGAUUCUGGAUAAUAUUCUGGCUCACCGCAAACGUGUAGAAAAAAUGAAGAGCAGAUCGCCAAAGAACGAAGUCAGGAAUAUGCUUAAAGUUUCCGUUGACAAACAGCAUAGUGGUAUGCUAACAUAUCAACCGAUUAAAUACCAGAAGACGUUAUAGCGACUGGAUAUGGUUCUACAACCAUGCUUAGUUCCAAAUAUACAGUUUAUAUUUAUUUUUAUUUCUGUCACGAUACAAAAUUUUGUUCAUAAUUUGGUGGCAAAUGUUCUUAAAAAAUCACCGAUGCUCUAUUGUUAUAUCCCAACUAACAAUUAUCACUCCUAUUAGAGUUGCAAGAAUGAUUAUACAGUAUUCCUUAAACAGCAUUGUAUACUGUAAGAACAUUGGCAAAACCCUCUUUGAACAACUAUACAAGCGGAAUGGGCACACCUAAUAGGACACUUCAGUCAUUUAACACAUUGGCUGCCAUGUGAAACACCGGUGAUACACAGGCAUGUUUAACUCAGAGGCCACGUGACUCACAUGUGUUUCACAUGCAGCAUACUUCUAAAUUAGAGAUAUAUCCGCUUGGCUUGUGAAUUAGGUUUAACUACUUAUACUGUGGCAUACUGAUAAUAUAGACAACUCAUUGAGAUAUAUCAAAUCACUGGUUGCCUACCUUUGUAGGGUAAAUUUACGACUGCACUUUUACUAUAUUCGGGUUGGUUCUUAUACAGAUUUUGCGGUUUAUGGGUUAUGAGUGCACAGCUAAAAAGAGGGGAAAUUGUGGGGAAGGAAAACACUACAGGACUCGUUAUAGGUAAAUGGAAAGACAAAAGGGAUGUUCCGUUCUUGAGUACUAAGCACACGCUGGAUAUAAAGGCCACUGGGAAGAAACACAGAAAGAGCGAGGAGGUAAAGAAACUUUCUGCCAUAUUAGAAUAUAAUGCUGGUAAAGAUGGUAUAGAUGUUUCUGAUCAAAUGGCUAGCUACUUUUCGCCACUCCGGAAAACAAUUAGAUGGUAUCAUAAACUAAUGUUCGAAAUUCUCCUGAAUACGGCUGUCAUCAAUUCUCUUAAUAUUUGCAAGCACUUCAAAAAACAAAACAUACAAAUUGGUGCUUUUAGAGAGAUGUUCAUUGAGAGCCUUACUCAAGUCCCAAGUGUCCCAGUACAUGAAGAUAAACAUAGUCUGAUCAGUACAGAAGAAAGAACAGCAGACGGGAGAAAGAAAAGGAAGAGAUGCAUUUCAUGUUAUGAGAAAAAAGCCAGAGAAGGAGGACGAGUUGUGGGAAUGAAACAAGCUAAACUGGUCUCUACCAAGUGCGGGCAAUGCAAUAUUCAUUUAUGUUUUACUUGUUUCACUGAAAAACAUUAGUUUUAUUUUCUAUUUCUUCUGUGAUCACCGGUGAUACUGAUGGCACUGGAGAAAUACCGAUUAACCUGUAUGCCAGGUGUAUCACCGGUGAUUUUAAUUUUUUGCAGAAAAAAACAUCUUUUUUGAGUUGUUUAUACGUUUUUUAUGCCAAUAAAGCUUUCGUAACCAUGCUUUUGUGAUAAUUUGGCUUUGGCCUCUAAUAAAUGAAAAUGACCCCUUAUGGGGGCAGCCAAAGUGUUAAGAGGUUGUAUAAGGGCUGCAGGUAACAGUUAUAAAACAAAAGUGUAAGCCUCUUGCAGCCGCUAUAGAACAUUUAUGUCGAUGCAAGAUUCAGUUUUUGUCAACUAUUCAACUAUUCUGUUACAUGAUUCUACUUUAUUGCAACCAAACUAUUCCUUAUCUAUUGUAUAGACGAUGUGAAGAAUAUAUAACUAACACAUUACAGUCAUCUUGUUUACUUUCAUAUCGGCCAUUGUGAAUUUCAUACACAGGUAUAUGAUAAACUUCUACACUGUGAUAUAAGGCUAUUUAAUUACUUGCGCAGCAAAUUUUAUUGUGAUUAUCGUACAAAUUAGUUACCCAAUUUCUACGGGCUUCGUAUUUGAUUCAUAUUUUGACAAUGAUCAAAAGUAUUUCUAGAUUUUGAAGAUGGAAAACUGAACUUAUCUGCGUUAAAUCUUCCACAAAUCCUAUAUUUAGACACAAUUACACUAAUGUUUAUCUCUUUAUAUCUGCAAUUUCGAACUGAAACAUAAUUAUUUAAUAUUAAAUAGAGGAAUAAAUGUUUGCCCAAUAUGGCGGGUGGUUGUGUACAAUCAUGGCAUCGUCCAUGUUGUCUUUAGGUUAUUAGAAUAUUUUGGUGUUGCCUGCAGGUGUUAUACAACAAUUUGUCAAAUGUCUGAAAUGAAAUACCGACAGAGUCGAAUGAUUUACCCAGAAUUUGUACCAGAUCUAUAUCUUCUGUUUGAACAGUUGAUAAAACCUUUUGAACCAAUAUGCAUGCGUUGUUUGUCUUAAAACAUUGGUUAUGGCAUUUUACAAAAAUAUGACAGCAGAUAGUUAGGUUAUGGUGAAGUUGUUUACCAACAUAUUUAGCAUAUGUACAGCCUUUAACAGUUACUGAACAACAGUUGUAUAAGUGCUUCCGUUGGGAGCAAUUUGUUGGCUAAAGUAGUAAAUUGCACAGCAAAACAACAAGGCUCGGGUUUGUUUUAUAAACGUUACCAUGGAUGCCACAACACAACCAUUUUGACUAACGUGCAAAUAUGCCGUAUAAAAUAGUUGAAUAAACGUUUAUGCAACAGUUAAAAAUUUCCUCUAUAAGAUGUUGUAUAACUAUGCUAUAAGAAUAUUUUAAACACCUCAUUUUAGAGCAAAUAUGUUGCAGAAAGGAAACUUGCAUUCCACACAACAUUCAGCCAGCAUUUUGGUGUUCAGGCAACAACAAUAGAGAGCUUUUAUGGCUGAACGGUUCUUUUACAAAAAGUUUAUAACACUACUUUGCUAGUUGAGAUCCUACAUAACCAUGAUAUUUUAUAGAUUCGGUGUGAAUGAUUAUGAACUUGAUGUAAGUUACUUAGCUAAUAUUUAGUUAAAUCCAUAUACCACUGACGUCGUAAUGUAUACGAGAAAAAAGAGUGAAAGGCGUGCAAUACGUGUGCUAGAAGGAGAUAGAAGCACCUCUUUGCCUAGGGACCCGAGUGACGAGGUCACAGAUGCAGCUGCGGCUUACCAUACGAAUUGCACGCUUCUGGCGGUGGCACCCGAAUUUGAUACUCACAGGUAGUACUUGGAUAUGAAUAUUCUUUAGUUGUAACUUCAAAUGACCUGGCCUGGAUUUUGUAGUUAUUAUUGUGAGCUGUAUAGAGGGUUGCAAGCAACGUGAAUUCUUAAAAUAUCGUCUGUGGUUACAUAAUUUUAAAAAUUCCCUAACCUCCAUGGAUAGUUCUGAUAUAUUCUACCAGAUAUAUAUUUUAGCGAUAUGCUUUAAGAGUUUUCUUUAACGAUAAAAUUAUAUAGAAUAAAAUUUUUUAUAAGAUAUAAAGUAUUUUAUUAGAUAAUACGGUCCCUGUUGGAGACUAUGUGCAGAUAGAACAAAACUAGUUUGUUCGUUUACCUCCAGUCACCUGCCGUUGUGUCAGC